GGGGGAUCCUCAGCAGGAAGCAGAGGAGGAGGAGGCGUGAAGGAAGCCGGAGCUCAGGAUGUAGCCCUGCGAGGAGCGGCUCCCCGGCACGGGGACCCCGCAGGGAUCAUCCGGCAGAAUGAGGAAGUUCCGUGCAAGGUUCUGACACCAUGAAGGGCUAUCAUGGGGAGCGCAGCCAAUCACAGAGCUCCACAGGGCACCCGUGUCACUGCAUCCCAGAGGACUGUGACCAGCCCCUGGACUACAUCCGCCACGGCCAGGAAUCCAGGCAGCCGUACCUCCUCAGCCCCAGUGAGCCUUGUUCUUUGGAUCACCGCUACUGCCCCUCUCGGAGCCCUGGGAUCCCCGCUGAGUGCACAGGCGGGCCGAUGAGCCUGACCGAGCCGCUCUCCGCCAGCAGCAGCAGCACCUUCCCCAGGAUGCACCACAUGCAGCAGCAGUACGACUCCUGUGACGAGUGCAUGGCGGCCACCCACCCCUCCAACAAGAUCAACCGCCUGCCCCCCAACCUGCUGGACCAGUUUGAGAAGCAGCUGCCGCUGCACCAUGACGGCUUCCACACGCUGCAGUACCAGCGGGCCAGCAGCACAGAGCAGCGCAGCGAAAGCCCCAGCCGCAUUCGCCACCUGGUCCACUCAGUCCAGAAGCUCUUCGCCAAGUCCCACUCCCUGGAGGCCCCAGCCAAACGGGAGUACAACGGCACCAAGAUGGAGGGCCGGGGGGAUGGGUACCACCAUCACCACCAUCACCACCAGUCCCGGCACGGCAAGCGAAGCAAAAGCAAAGACCGCAAGCUGGACUCCCGGCACCGGCCCAAGAUGAUGGGCUGGUGGAGCUCUGACGACAACCUGGACAGCGACAGCAGCUACCUGGUGUCUGGCCGGCACGCCGUGGACCAGGGCACUCAGUACUGUGUGGAUGCUCCUGAAAGUGCCUUCAGAGACUUGACCUUGAAGAGUCUAAAAAGCGGGGGGGAGGGCAAGUGCCUGGCCUGCGCCGGCAUGUCUAUGUCGCUGGACGGUCAGACGCUGAAGAGGAGUGCCUGGCACACCAUGACAGUCAGCCAAGCCCGGGAGGCGUAUCCCAGCUCGGGAGGCAGCCAGGAGAAAGCUUUGGUACUGCAGGAGGCAAAAGCCAAAGACAGAGGCUACCAUUACCUUCAGGUGCCGCAGGAUGAGUGGAGCAGCUACCCAGCGGUGGGGAAGGAUGGCGAGAUCCCCUGCCGGCGGAUGCGGAGCGGCAGCUACAUCAAGGCCAUGGGGGACGAUGACAGCGGUGACUCGGAAGCCAGUGCCAAGGUGUCUCCCAAGGGCUUGUCCCGGCGAGAUGGCUACCGCCGCUCCUCCAGUGUAGACCAGGCCAGGACUAACUGCUGCAGCCCGCCCAGAAUGCACCCUCGGGGACAGGGCUACGGACGCUCCUUCACCACCGGCCAGAUCAACGAGGAGCUGAACCACCAGUUUGAGGCGGUCUGUGAGUCCGUCUUCGGCGAGGUGGAGUCCCAGGCCGUGGAGGCGCUGGACCUGCCUGGCUGCUUCCGCAUGCGGAGCCACAGCUACCUGCGGGCCAUCCAGGCAGGCUGCUCCCAGGACGACGACUGCCUCUCGCUCUUCUCCAUGUCCGUCCCACCCAGACCAGCCAUCACCAGCAGCAUCCUGAAGCCCAGCACCUCCUUCAGUUACAGAAAAGCGCCGCCUCCCCUCCCUCCAGGAAUCAAAGCCAAGCCCCUGAUCUCAGUCACGGCACAGAGCAGCACUGAGUCCACCCACGAGAGCUACCUCCCCAGCGAGGUCUCCCGGAGCCCCUCGUGGUCCAAAGAUGCCGCGGCUCGCUGCAACUCCACGGAGAGCUUGGAGAACUCCAAGGUAACAGCCAUCUCCUUGGAUCUGCCUGCCGUCCAGCCCCAGGGCUCUCCCAAGCCCUCCACACUCAUCAUCAAGGCCAUCCCUGGCCGGGAAGAGCUGAGGAGCUUGGCACGGCAGAGGAAAUGGCGCCCGUCCAUUGGAGUUCAGGUUGAGACUAUAUCUGAUUCCGACACAGAAAACAGGAGCCAGAGGGAAUUCCACUCCAUCGGGGUGCAAGUGGAGGAAGACAAAAGACGGGCCCGGUUCAGGCGCUCAAACAGUGUGACGGCCGGUGUGCAGGCAGACCUGGAGCUGGAAAGCUUCACGGGCCUGUCGGUGGCCACAGAGGACAAGGCCUUGCAGUUCGGGCGGCCCUUCCACCGACACUCCUCAGAGCCAGACGCGUCCAGCCGGCAGUACUCGGUGUUCAAGACGGUGCACACACAGGGUCAGUGGGCCUACCGGGAGGACUACCAGAUGCAGUAUGACACCGUGGAGGUGCCCCGGCGGGACUCCUGGAUCAACAGGGGCUCCCGCAGCCUCCCUGACUCUGGCAGGGCCUCUCCCUGCCACCGGGAUGGGGAGUGGUUCAUUAAGCUACUGCAGACUGAGGUGGAGAAGAUGGAAGGCUGGUGCCAGCAGAUGGAGCGAGAGGCCGAGGACUAUGACCUGCCAGAGGAGAUCCUGGAGAAGAUCCGGAGCGCCGUGGGCAGCACCCAGCUCCUGAUGUCCCAGAAGGUGCAACAGUUUUUCCGACUCUGCCAGCAGAACAUGGACCCUAAUGCGUUCCCCAUGCCCACCUUCCAAGACUUGGCUGGAUUCUGGGACCUCCUGCAGUUGUCCAUUGAGGACGUCAGCUUGAAGUUCGCGGAGCUUCAGCAGCUCAAGGCCAAUGGAUGGAAACUCAUCGAGCCCAAGGAAGAGAAGAAGGUCCCUCCCCCGAUACCAAAGAAGCCGCCGCGCUCCAAGGUGCACCCGGUGAAGGAGCGCUCCCUGGACUCCGUCGACCGGCAGAGGCAGGAAGCCAGGAAAAGGCUCCUGGCAGCCAAGAGAGCUGCCUCCUUCCGCCAGAACUCAGCCACCGAGAGCGCAGACAGUAUCGAGAUCUACAUCCCCGAGGCACAGACCAGGCUGUGACCAGAGUCCUGGCUUUUCUACUGCACUGUACAGAGAGUACAUAGCUCACUGUGAUGGCCGAGGCCCGAGCUACAGGGACCCCCCCGGGGCAGCUCUCGGCCCACUUACAGCUUCUCGACUUAUCGUCUACGAUUCAUGGAUCUGACGGUGAAUGAACACGAGCCUGGUUCUGUCCUGCCCUCGUGCCCCUCCCCGUGGGGCGGGACUCUGCCCAGCCUUGCCUGCCCACAAGCCCCUUCCUGGUUUCUCCCCAAGCCCCCUGUCUGCCCUGAAGCCUUUUCUGCCCCCUAUCUCCCCUCCUCCUUAGCAGCUCCUUCCUGUCCCUUCCCUGCACACUCCCUGGCCACCUGUACCCUCCUUUCAGAGCUCUUUGUACCUUGCUCCUUGCAGGCCCCCUCCUCUUUGUGUCCCCUUCUCCUCUCCUCAUGCCCUCCCUCUUCUCCUGCUUUCCCCCUUAUAUUGGAGAGGGAGGAGCCCCCCCCAGCUCAGCUGAUGGGGGUGCAGGCACCUCCCCUGCACCUCCGUGUGUCCUCCCCCCAUGGUUGCGCCACCUUUAACUUCUCCCAUUUCCUCAAUUCAAUGCAAACAAAGCGUCUUGCGGGGGGAAGCUCCGCUGAGCUCCUGCCAAAGUCACCAUUCCCGGCCGCCCGGCGGACCAGCUUCCUUUGAUGGCCUGAGGCUUCGGGCCGUGGCGGGCAUGAGGGGCAGUCCCUCCACGCACCCCGACCAUGGUUCAGUCCCAUCUCUGCCUCUUGCUUGGGCACCUCGGGGAAUCCAUGGUCAUAGACCUAUAUACAUAUAAUCAAAGGAAUAAAACAAAAACUACACAUGACCACAGCUGUGUUCCUGCUGGUGAGACUGGGAUCAGAUCUUCAGGAAAUCCAUGACAGCAGGAAAACCAGCCCCGGCUUUCCCUACACGUACAUCAGUAAGAAUAUGCUAUGAUUUCUCUUCUUUCUUCCUUACUUUCCCUUCCUGCAAGUGAGAAUCCUGCGCCUGUGCUGGGGUGCGGCCGCUCAUCACGGGAGGCUAGGAGGUGGUCAAAACUUGGCUGGUCACUUUAUCUUCCAUCCCUCUUUGAUUUCCCCACCAGCUGCUGGUCUGACCAGAUUAUCCUGGGAGUGGAAUUCGAGGGAGAGGUUGGGGGCCGGGGGAGCUAGUGUCUUUGGAGCAGCGUUUGGAUUCUGUCUGGCAAUGGCAAGGGCUGGCAGAAGCUGAGCUCUCUGGGGUUGGGUUUCCCUGGCUCCUUUCCCCCCUCCCGUUAGACGGACAUAGACACAAGCCUGGCCUUUCAAGUGACCAAUCAUGCAGGGUAUUGCUCCCGAGCCACGUGUAGGGCACUGGUUCUGACCCAUCUGCAUCUGGUUUAAAGGCACGGCUGUCCCCAGGGGCCAGGCCAGAGGAGAUGGCAGGGAAUGGCAAAUGUGCCAUUGACAACCCAUCUUGCCUUAGGAGGAAGAGGACCUGCUGUUGUGUCUCUGGGAUGUUGCUGUGACGGCUCCUUGUGUUGUAUUUACGAUUGUUAAGGAAGGUGAGGAAAACCCUUGGAGCUGUCACCCGCACAGACGAAGCUCCAGCAGGCGAGGGUACCUGGGGACGACGUUUCUGUGGACGAGCUGGCCUGUCUGAAUGUUGGGGGGGGGGGAAGCGCUCAGGGGCCACCUGUGGGGUGAAAUGCAGAUUUGUUGUUACAUGCCAUGGCUGUUCUGUAUGACGAUCCCAGAGGCUCUGUUUCAGAGCUUCUCAACCCAAGGGUAACAAACCCCUGGUGCUGAAUGGGGUGGGGGUCUCAGCCAGGUGGGAGUGGGUUCUGGUACGGAAAAGCUGGAGAAUGCCUGUGCAAUAGCAGCCAUGGCAAAGGUGACACUGCGCUCACUGUGUGGCCCCUUGAGCAUUGGACUGGGAGAUUUUAUUCCAGCCAGACUGCGAUGGGGCUGGCCAUGCCGGCCCUGGCUGCCCAGCCCAACAGUGCAAACCAAUGGGAGCAGUAGGCACUCAGGAGCGAGCCAUGCCAACACCAGCCAGGCCCACCGCCUUUUGGUCCUUCUCCCUCCAUCACAAAUGCUCCCCAGUCCCUCUCCCUGCCCCACAGCUCCUUCGCAGCACAGUGCCCUACCGAGCAGAGCAGUGGCCCUCGCUGCUGGCAGCCGGGCUAGGCCACAAAGAGAGUCCAACAGGGCCAAGGCCUGGAGCCCUCACAAGGUUCAGCCUGAGUAAGGACUGGGGCAGGCCAGCAGGCAUUAGCCUUCAGUUUCUAUCUGGCCAAUAGCACCCAGGGACAGCAGCUCCUGGUUGCUGCGUGCCAGGAACUGCCCUCCCCGGUCAGUUGCCGUCACUAACGCCAGCUGGGAAAGUGACUUGGAAAAGCAAAGCCAAGGGCAGGUGGAACUGGAGGUUGCCAUGGUGGUGGGGCUCUGGCUCGUGGCCUGUUGGUAGUCACCCUGUGCCUCAUGCAGUCCUUCACCUUGCCGCAAAGCGAGCGUGAAACGCGGCCGUUCUGUUCAGUGGUGCCUACCCCCCCUGUGCACCGGUGUAAAAGAUGGGCCCUGGGACAAUGGAGGGUUGGGACCCUGCUCUGUUCAGAGCACCUCAGUGAUGAUAACCUCCAGCAGCUGCAUCGGCUCCCUAACCACCGGCCCCGCUGGGAGGCAGGGUAAGUGUCGCUAUCCUUAGCAGAUGGGGAAAUGAAGGCACAGGGAGCCCAGGGGCACAACUCCUAAGCUCCUGUCUGUCCCUGUCAUUGGAGACAGACCCAAGACAUGAAUGUGGGUCUGCCCUUCCCCAGGCUGAGUUCCUGCUUGUCAGGGUGGGAGGGGCAGAUGGGAUUCGCAUUACAAGAGCCCCCUUCUCCAUGGGCGUCCCAUGGUACCGCAUUAGCAGUGCCCUGUCCUCCCGGGUAUCAUGAGGGAUGUCCUCACAUUCAUGCUACCUUAGACGAGGUGCCCUCUCUUUCCUGGAGCUGUAAAGGAGAUGUCAUCCUCCUUCCUGCCAUGGUAGCUUUCUUCAGGACCCACUUUAGCACGAAGCCAUCACCCCUGACAGCGAGUAGAUGAAUCGUGCCUGGGGAACCUGUUGUCCACAGCCCCCUCCGCACAUCGUUAUCUACCUGCACACAAGCCAAAGUUGGGCUGCACACUCCUCAUGUUACCCACCAUGUGCACCUUCUCCACCAGGCUGAGCGUGCAGAAUGGGGUGUGAUUUUACGUGAGGCAGUAGGGAGGUAGGGCAUGAACAGAGGGGCCCUGUAGUGUGGGUACCCGCCAGGGAUUUGGAGAUCAGAUCGUCCAAGCGUUACCAGGAACCCCUCUGCUGGUUCUCCUGGGUCGCCUUUCCUCUCCUUUUCACUCAUUCUGCUCCCAGCCGUGCAGAUCUCUCCUUCCACCCAAGCACAGUCUGUUCCACCUGCCCUGAUGUCCGUAAGGCUGGGGAGCAGAGAGUUCACCCACUGAGCCAGGUGUCCUGCCCUGGGAAAACGGGCUUGCCAAACCAACCACUCUGAAAGUUCAAGGGAAAAACUCAGUUCUGCCUUCUCACAUUGUCCCUCCUUCCAACUGGGGAGCCUCCUGCACUGUGAAACCCUUCAAGGGGACCCCCCUCUUCUCACCACCCCAUGCUUGUACCAGCUUCUGCUCCCUGCCCACUCAGCUGUCUUGGAGGCGCCCUGAUUCAGACAUGAAGAGGGGAGGAAAGAGCCCAAGAAGAGUAGCGAAAGGGGCAGCAAGGGAAGGAGCAGAGACACCAGCCAUGGCCUAGAUGGCCAGAUCUCUAGGGCAGGGACUGUCUUUUUCAUGAGCGUACAGCUCCUAGCACUGUGGAGGCCCCGAUCCCUGACUGGGUCCCUCAAGCGCCACUGUAAUAAUCGUCAAUAGUAAAUUUCAGCCCAAGGGGCCAUCCUGCCUGGCUCAUGCUAGGAUACCUCCCUGUAGCACCUGGGACAGGUAGGAAGUACUGAGAGGUGGGAGAUUCCACAACCAUACUGGCUUGGGCAGGCAGAGGGAGGAAAGCUUUAUUCUACCAAGAGCAAUGCACCACUCACCCUGGGGCCUUUACUUCCCCCCCUUGGACGGGAUCCAUACCAUGACGUGGUGCUAAAACCUCCCCCAGCCCCUGUUAUGUGCCUGUCCAGUUGGGAGGGUUUGAAAGAAUCGUAUCAUGGCCUCAGGUUACUACAUUCAAAUAGAUGUUUAAAGGGAAGGAGGGGGGAACCCAACCAACAUAUUCUGGAACAGAGAAUAAUGAAAAAAAUACCCAACAGCGUGAGCCCUGGCCCAGCUGGGGGAGGGGAAAGGCAGGAGACUCCUUGCUCAGCAUCUAAUACUCUCUGAACGCUGCUGUUACAGUCCUGGCCAGGAAAGCAACCAUCAGCUCAGUUCACCUGUUCUCUGCCUCCGUCCACACUUUAGUUCUUAGCAAUGUGCCUGGAAGAGGAAGCCCUUCCACUUGUAAGUUCUGUAAGACAAACAAUACUGUACAGUGACUGUGACAUGUGGUUUCAUUUUUAUUGUAACAAACUUAGCCGAACUGUAAUAAAGACGACUCUUUGA